AUGUGGGGUCCAGGCACCUUACUAUCCCCACUCCACAUCGAGGCCCCUUACUAUCCCCACUCCCCAUCGAGGCCCCUUGCUCUCCCCACUCCCCAUCGAGGCCCCUUACUAUCCCCACUCCCCAUCGAGGCCCCUUACUAUCCCCACUCCCCAUCGAGGCCCCUUACUAUCCCCAUUCCCCAUCGAGGCCCCUUGCUCUCCCCAUUCCCCAUCGAGGCCCCUUGCUCUCCCCACUCCCCAUCGAGGCCCCUUGCUCUCCCCACCCCCCAUCGAGGCCCCUUACUAUCCCCAUUCCCCAUCGAAGCCCCUUGCUCUCCCCAUUCCCCAUCGAGGCCCCUUGCUCUCCCCACUCCCCAUCGAGGCCCCUUGCUAUCCCCACUCCCCAUCGAGGCCCCUUACUAUCCCCACUCCCCAUCGAGGCCCCUUACUAUCCCCACUCCCCAUCGAGGCCCCUUACUCUCCCCAUUCCCCAUCGAGACCCCUUACUCUCCCCACUCCCCAUCGAGGCCCGUUACUAUCCCCACUCCCCAUCGAGGCCCCUUACUAUCCCCACUCCCCAUCGAGGCCCCUUGCUCUCCCCAUUCCCCAUCGAGGCCCCUUACUAUCCCCACUCCCCAUCGAGGCCCCUUACUAUCCCCAUUCCCCAUCGAAGCCCCUUGCUCUCCCCAUUCCCCAUCGAGGCCCCUUGCUCUCCCCACUCCCCAUCGAGGCCCCUUGCUCUCCCCAUUCCCCAUCGAGGCCCCUUACUAUCCCCAUUCCCCAUCGAGGCCCCUUGCUCUCCCCAUUCCCCAUCGAGGCCCCUUGCUCUCCCCACUCCCCAUCGAGGCCCCUUGCUAUCCCCACUCCCCAUCGAGGCCCCUUACUAUCCCCACUCCCCAUCAAGGCCCCUUACUCUCCCCAUUCCCCAUCGAGACCCCUUACUCUCCCCACUCCCCAUCGAGGCCCGUUACUAUCCCCACUCCCCAUCGAGGCCCCUUACUAUCCCCACUCCCCAUCGAGGCCCCUUACUCUCCCCAUUCCCCAUCGAGGCCCCUUACUAUCCCCACUCCCCAUCGAGGCCCCUUGCUAUCCCCACUCCCCAUCGAGGCCCCUUACUCUCCCCACCCCACAUCGAGACCCCUUACUCUCCCCACCCCCCAUCGAGGCCCCUUACUCUCCCCACUCCCCAUCGAGGCCCCUUACUAUCCCCACUCCCCAUCGAGGCCCCUUACUAUCCCCACUCCCCAUCGAGGCCCCUUACUAUCCCCACUCCCCAUCGAGGCCCCUUACUAUCCCCACUCCCCAUCGAGGCCCCCACUCCCCAUCGAGACCCCUUGCUCUCCCCACCCCCCAUCGAGGCCCCUUACUCUCCCCACCCCCCAUCGAGGCCCCUUACUCUCCCCACCCCCCAUCGAGGCCCCUUACUCUCCCCACUCCCCAUCGAGGCCCCUUGCUAUCCCCAUCGAGGCCCCUUACUAUCCCCACUCCCCAUCGAGGCCCCUUACUAUCCCCACUCCCCAUCGAGGCCCCUUACUAUCCCCACCCCCCAUCGAGGCCCCUUACUCUCCCCACUCCCCAUUGAGGCCCCUUGCUAUCCCCACUCCCCAUUGA